CGAGAGCCCUUCUUCGUCAAGUUCCGCGGCGAGGACGGCCUGGACGCGGGGGGGCUGUCGCGGGAGUUCUUCCAGCUGGCCUCGGCGGCGCUCUUCGACGCGAAUCUGGGCCUGUUCAAGGUCGGGUCGUCGGAGAACCUGACGUACCAGAUCGCCGACGACGACGACGCGGACCUCGUCAUGGCGGACGCGGCGGCGUGGUUCGCGUUCGCGGGCAAGCUGCUGGGCAAGGCCCUGCUCGAGGGCCACCACUUCGCGAACGCGCACCUGAACAUGGUCAUCCUCAAGCACAUCGCGUCCGAGCCCGUGGCCCUCGGCGAUCUGGAAUUAGUGGACAAAGAGCUGUUCAAGAGCCUCGACCAGCUGCGGACCAUGGACCCGGAGCUCGUCGAGACGCUCUGCCUCACGUUCUCCAUCGAGCACAUCAGCUUCGGCGCCGUCGUCACCAAGGACCUCGUCCCCGGCGGCCGGGACCUCGAGGUCGACGGGACGAACGUCGACGCGUUCCUCGCCGCGCGUUUGCGCGAGCGCGUCUUCGACGUCUGCGCCGGGGGCUUGCGGGCCUUUCUGGGGGGCGUCUUCGCCGUGGCGCCCAAGGAGCUCUGCAUGCUGCUGUCGGCGCGGGAGUUGGAGCUCGCGCUCUGCGGCCACCCGGACAUCGACGUGGCCGACUGGAGGCGGUCCACGGUCUACAAGGGCGCCUUCGCCCGGGAGAGGGAGGCGCACGAGGUCGUCGCCUGGUUCUGGGAGACCGUGGAGACCUGGGACGACGACCGGCUCGCGCUGCUGCUCCAGUGGUGCACGGGCACGAGCCGCGUGCCCGUGCAGGGCUUCGACCACUUGAUGGGGAGAGACGGGGCGCGGCGGCCCUUCACGCUGACGAGCGUCGACCUCUCGAGCGCGGUCUAUCCACGCAGCCACACGUGCUUCAACCGCAUCGACAUCCCGCUCUUCACGUCCAAGGCGGCCCUC